UAUAAAAGCCAUCAAAUAAAAUUAUGAAUAGCCAAGAACCCACCAAAACAAACCAACAAACGGACGGACAAUACGAUUACGACCAAAGGCCUAUUGGAAUCGGCGUCGACGGCGUGUUAAUGAAGAGCCACAGAGACGAGCACUUGGCGCUUGGGUUAGCAUUGGCGGCCAAAAUUGGGAAAAGGGUCACGUAACCAGCAUUAAAACAGAAAUCACAAGCCGACUCGAUCGGGGCAACAUAAUCAAAGCCGUGCCGAGCGAACGGGAAUAGCAACUACGACUACUAGCUAGGAGGCCUAAAAUCAAAAGUGACGAGCAUAAAUUAUGAACAAUGAUCUGACGAGAGGCGGCUAUAAAUAAGCUCAGCUCUUGGGCAACUCAGAACACAACUCAAGUGAUCGUCAAAAUGAUUAAAGCCUCGUCUGCUAUCCUGCUGCUGAGUCUGGCCGUGUUGGCCAACUCGGAGCCACUACGUCAAAGAUUCGUACCGCGUCGUGGUCUUGCACGUCAGGAGCAGGCAGCGCCAAGUCCAGCGCCCACUGGCUAUCCGGAGGCGGGCAUUACUCCCGAGGUACCAUUCGAACUGCCAAGCUCAACCGCCCAACCGGAAGCCAGUUAUUUACCACCGGAUAACACAUAUGGACCACCGGACAGCGUCUACGGACCACCCACGACUGUGGAUGAGGUGGCGCAGCCAGAUCAGGUGCCAGAGGUAGAGCCAGAGCUUCCCAUUGAAACGGACGACAUACCAGCUCCAGAGGAUGAGUUACCCGAUGCCAAGCAGCAGCCAGCCGCAGAUGUGGAUGAAGAGGAAGUGCUUGUGCAAGUGGCCGAAGAUGGAACCGUAAUUGCCGUAUCCACGACACUCGAUCAGCCCCAGGACAAUAAGCCGGCGAGGAUCUAUCAACGCUUUCCACAGGGACGUCGCCGACAGCAGCCGGUGCCUCAGCGCUUAGUGCUGCGUAGCAGGUGGUAAAAUUAUAACCUAAGUCAUGUAAGGGCUAUUAAUAAAGUUGGCCAUAACAACAUAAUCUUUGGCUUACA